AAAUACACACCACGUGAACUACUUCCCAAUUGCAAUCUCUCUCUCUCUCUCUCCCUCCUAUAUAUUUUGCUUUUCUAAAUAUAGCAACUAAUUGUAAUGGCUAAGUUAAGCUUCACUGUAUGCUUCUUGUUGUUUCUUCUGUUAUCUUCAGUCGCCGCUGGAAGCCGCCCUCUUAAGCAGGCACCGGUUGGGGUGAAGGUUAAAGGUCUAAUCCCUUCUAGCGAAGCUACGAGUCCGACUGUAGCGAAUGAUCAAGCUGCGGGUAGCAGCAGUAGCCACGGGAAAUCUCCAGAGCGGUUAAGUCCAGGAGGACCCGACCCACAACAUCAUUAGUUAUUUAGGGUUCCCUUUAUAAUUAAGAGUUGUUUUCCAUUUCUUCGAGAUAUGCAUUUCUUAUCAAUAAUUUGGUUGCAAUGAUUCUGUUUUUGUUUUGUAAUAAAAUUGUGAAUUUGCGUUUGUAAGAUUAUUACAAAAUUUACAGUUUU